GGUGCUCAAACAGAUAUUGAAACUGAUGUAUAUUUGGAGGUUUGUGAUUUAUUUCAAGGCCAUGAUGAUUUAGUUGAAGAAUUUAAGACUUUUGUGCCUAAUGCAACAUAUAUGGACCAAGAACAAGAUUGUGUAGUAACACCAGAUGCAACAGCAUUUAGCAGUGAAAUAAUUAUGUCUUCAUAUGAGUCUUCUGAUUAUCCUGGAACUUACUCUAUAGUGCAUGACCCAUCCAUUGCUCCUGUUGCAAAGUAUGGUUCAUAUGAAGAACAUGAAUUUUUUGACAAAGUGAGAGCAGCAGUGGGACAUAGAGAAGUUUAUGAUAAUUUUUUACGUUGCUUAAUGCUGUACAAUGAAGAUGUUGUUACAAGAUCUGAACUGCUUCAACUGGCUACCUCAUUUUUAGGAAAAUUUCCUGAUCUUCUCAAGAAAUUUAAGGAUAUUUUGGGUUUUAAAGAAUCUGGGAAUAAUAUAGAAAUAGUGCCAAUGAAAAUUAUAGCAUUAGAAAACAGCAGGCUUGAUCCUGAGGUGGCAUUAGAUAUUGAUUAUGCAACAGGUGGCAGAAAUGGUGCUAGUUAUAGGGCUCUUCCAAAAGAUCAUAAACAACCUAAAUGUUCUGGCAGAACUCCAUUAUGCAAGGAGGUUUUGAAUGAUACGUGGGUUUCCUUUCCCUCUUGGUCUGAAGAUUCAACUUUUGUAACAUCUUGCAAAACUCAGUAUGAAGAAAUGAUAUAUCGCUGUGAGGAUGAACGUUUUGAGCUUGAUAUGGCAAUCAGAACAAAUGCUUGUACAAUUCAAGUCCUGGAAAAUGUCCAAAAGAAAAUAAACAAAAUGAGUGCUGAAGAAAAAAGUAUGUUUUCUUUGGAUGAUACUCUCGGAGGAACAUCAACUGUUCUUCACCAAAAGGCACUCCAUCGGCUGUACGGGGAUAAAACAGAUGAGCUUGUUGAAGGCCUAAAACGGAACCCUGUGGUAGCAGUGCCUAUCAUUCUGAAAAGGUUGAAAGGUAAAGAUGAAGAAUGGAAGGAGAAACAAAGGCAGUUUAAUGCUAUUUGGAGAGAGCAAAUAGAUAACUAUUAUUUAAAAUCUCUAGAUCACCAAGGCAUCAACUUUAAACAGAAUGACAGCAAAAGCUUCCGUUCCAAAAGUCUUCUUAAUGAAAUGGAAAUGGUCUAUGCUGAGAAAAAAGAAAAUGGUGGAGCUAAUUCAUCAGCUCCUCAUUUCUUGUUGGACUUUAAAGAGAAAUGUAUAUUUCCAGAUGCAAUAAAUUUGAUAUGCCAAUAUUUAAAAAAGCUACCAGGUAUUUUCCGUGAUGACAGAUGCAGAAUAGAGCAUGUUGCUCGUUUUUUUAUUCCUGAUUUUUUUGGCUUUCCCCGCAUUACAAUAUCUGAAGAUGAAAUGGAAGAUGAAGAGGAAGAUGAUGAACCAGAAGAAGAAAUGGAUGCAGGGAAUGAAGGUGAUGAAAGAAGUGGACAUACCUCACCGUCAGGAAGUGGAGUCUUUCUAAGAGAUGAAGGGUCGAGUGAUCAAGAUGAAUCCAAUUCUGUGGAAGAGAAUGAGCUCUCUGAUGAAAUGGACAAAAAUAAUUUUAUUGAAGAAAGUGAUGUUUUUGACAAAAUGGAUCCUCUUCAAACAACAAAUGUACCAUUUUCUUUGUUUUUUGUGAGCAAGAACUGGUAUGUUUUCUUUCGGCAAUUUCACAUUCUUUGUGAACGGUUAGCAAGGUUGCUGCAUGAGAGUACUAGGAAGGAUGUUUCCACCUUUAAAAGAACUGAGGAAGAUGGUAGUGAGCAAGAUAUGGACACAGAUUAUAAGCCAUCAUAUACAGAGCUAAUAAACAAACUGAGCCAGUUACUUAGUGGAUCCCUUGAUUAUGCACAGUUUGAAGAUGAAGCAAGGUCACUCUUUGGCAUACAUGCAUUUGUGAGUUUCACUAUGGACAAACUAAUCCUUAAUAUUGUAAGACAAUUGCAGCAAAUAGUGACUGAUGACAUAUGUAAACAAUGCACAGCAUUUUUUUUCCAACACACAAAGCUGUUGCUGUAGGGGGGUCACAUCUCCUUUAGAAACUUCAAAUAUGGAUUCAGAUUAUUUGAAAAAAGUUGAAGAAAAUUUUAGGAGAUGAAAAAUGUUUUAAGAUUUUAUGG